AGUUUCAAAGCCCAAAAAACCGGUCGCACGUCCCGAGAUAGCGCUAGUGCCAUGGCAUCUCGCUCAUUGAGGCCCUUGACGCAGGUGCUGCGCACCUUGCAGCGGGUGCAGAAGGUGCAUCCCAGAGCAUUGCACGCAGGCCGUCCGGCCCUGGACCGGGCGCGCGUCGCGGAGUCCCUGAAAGCAUCGCAGGCCUUGGCGUCUCACCAGUUGCCGGCGGACCACCACAUCUUCGAGGAUGCGGAUUUGGAGCUGCUGCAUAACUUGGGCAUCCAUACCGAGUGGGUGCAGCACAACGCUUCUCCCGGAACCCUCUACGAUGAGGCGCUGCGCUAUGAGAAGGGCUCUGCGAUCUUGUCCACCGGGGCGUUGGCGGCAUUUUCAGGUGCGAAGACGGGCCGCUCGCCGGUGGACAAGCGCGUGGUCUACGAGUCCACUACCUCGGACGAUGUUUGGUGGGGUGCUGUGAACAUCCCACUCUCGGAGAAUACCUUCAAGAUCAACCGAGAGCGUGCCAUCGACUACCUUAACACUCGGGAGCGGCUCUACGUCUUCGACGGCUUUGCCGGGUGGGACCCCGAGCACCGCUACAAGAUCCGCGUGAUCACCAGCCGCGCCUACCACGCGCUCUUCAUGCACAACAUGCUGAUCAGGCCCACGGAGGAGGAGCUGGCAAACUUCGGGCAGCCGGACUACACCAUCUACAACGCCGGGGCCUUCCCGGCGAACCGGGCCACCGAGGGCAUGACCUCGGGCACCUCGGUGUCCCUGAACUUCAAGACCGGUGAGGUCGUGAUCCUGGGCACGCAAUAUGCCGGCGAGAUGAAGAAGGGCGUCUUUACAAUCAUGAACUACCUCCUGCCGAAACGCGGGAUCCUCAGUAUGCACGCCAGCGCCAACGAGGGCAAGGAUGGGGACGUGACGAUCUUCUUCGGCCUCAGCGGCACGGGCAAGACCACUUUGUCCGCGGACGAGCACCGGCUCCUCAUCGGGGACGAUGAGCAUGCGUGGACGGACCGGGGUAUCUUCAACAUCGAGGGCGGCUGCUAUGCCAAGGCCAUUGGUCUUACGCGGGAGAAGGAGCCGGAGAUCUGGGACGCCAUCCGCUUCGGGGCCUUGCUGGAGAACGUGGUCUUCGACUCCCGCACAGGCGAGGUGGACUACAACGAUUCCAGCAUCACGGAGAACACUCGGGUGUCCUAUCCCUUGGAGUACAUCCCCAACGUGAAGAUCCCCGCAGUAGGCGGUCAUCCCAAGAACAUCAUCAUGCUGACCUGUGACGCCUUUGGCGUGCUGCCGCCGGUGUCGAAGCUGACUCCAUCUCAGGCGAUGUACCACUUCAUCUCUGGGUACACUGCCAAGGUGGCCGGAACUGAAGAAGGCGUCACCGAGCCAACGGCGACCUUCUCCGCGUGCUUCGGGGCGCCCUUCAUGGUUUGGCACCCGGCCAAGUACGCGGAGCUGUUGGCCGAGAAGAUGGCCAAGCACAACGUUAACGCCUGGCUCAUCAACACGGGCUGGACCGGGGGCGCCUAUGGCUCUGGCCACCGGAUGAGCCUCAAGGACACCCGCGCCAUCAUCGAUGCCAUCCACUCCGGGGAUCUCGCAAAGGUGGAGUAUGAGAACAUGUCGCGCUUCAACCUCCAGGUGCCCAAGAGCUGUCCCAACGUGGACACGCAGAUCCUGAUGCCCAACAAGACCUGGAAAAACCAGGAGGAUUUCGAACACACUGCGGUAAAGCUGGCGACCCUCUUCAAGGAGAACUUUAAGAAGUUCGAGGAGGGCUGCUCCGACGACAUCCGCGCUGCUGCCCCCGAGUGAGGCGCAGGCGCUCCGGGCGCCUUGCCGCUGCGCGCUUGGGCCGCCGCGGCGGGGCGCGAAUUCUUUACGCUUGGCCAGGUUUGCAUGGAGUGCUCCACCAUGGCAUGGCGAGAUGGAAGGCGGUGGAUGCAAAGG